AUGGACACCAAAGAGAAGCGAGCGACCUCCAGAUAUGUCACUGCAAUCUUGGACCCCAGCACUACAGGGAUUUCAAUAGAAGACUUAGCAUCAAACCGUGGAGACGGGCUUUGUGUGGCUUCAAGGCUGGGACCUGAUCCUUUGAUCCCAUUAUCUGCAAAGGAGCUUGACCCUCGAUCUGUCGAUAUUGAUUCUAUCUGUCGCUGGCUUACAGAGUGUGACUCCAUGCACUCGCUAGCCUGCAAGCCACAAGCUUCUCACAAUCUCAAUCACAUCAGGCUCAUUGACGUGGAGUCCCGCUGUAUUGUAAAUUAUUCAUCUGAAACGCGUAUUUAUCUGGCGUUGAGCUAUGUAUGGGGAAAGGGCAGACAAAAUGUAGCUGGAGCUGGGCUACCAGGUACCAAGCUUGGAAUACUUCCUCCUACAAUUGAAGACGCUCUUGCUUUCACAAGAGAUCUCGACAAGCGAUAUUUGUGGGUAGAUCUUGUGUGCAUUGAACAAAACAAUGAAAACGACAAGCUCAAGCAAAUGGGGAUCAUGAGCGAUAUAUUCCAAGGUGCAUAUGCCACAAUUGUCGCAUUCGAUGGAACACGUCUCCUCGGACUCGGGCCAGCUCUCUACCAGUUGAAUUGGGUACUACCAUGGUCGAAGCGAGGAUGGACAUAUCAGGAGGCGAUCCUGAGCCCUAGAUGCAUCUUCAUCAGCAAGUUUCAUGUAUAUAUGGAAUGCAAUGCUCUGACCUAUUGCGAGACGCUCGAUUCCCGCCAGUCGCCCGUACACUUAUCACCACACGACAAAGACUCAUUCAAGAAAGAUACCGUGCUGCGGAAAAUCAACACCGGCGUGCUCCGGAGCCCCUUUUCCGCUAACAUAGACCUUGAGAACGGCGCACUCCAUCUUUACGGUCUCUACGUCGCUAUCUAUUCUAUCCGUGAUCUGACCAAGCAAUCCGAUGCCCUGUAUGCCUUUUCCGGCAUCCUUCAAGCCCUCGAAAAGACUGCGUACAAGAAGGGAUUUUCCUGGGCCUUACCCAAUGAAGACCUCAACUGGGCGCUCCUCUGGAAACCGGAAAAUGGCCAACGACGAAACGAGAGAUUUCCCACGUGGAGCUGGUUGAGUUGGCAGGGCCAAGUAUAUGUCGGACAGCCUACCGAGGAUAGACCAGAGGAUACACAUCGCUGGCUCUUUGAUCUAACGAUCUGGAAAGCUGGAAAUUCUGCCACGGAAAAGAUAUUUGAGCAACGGUACAGCGACAUGGAUGUUGCAGAAAAGAGGACUCUUCUCGAUGACCCUUUAGCUGAGACUAACAUACCUUCGGAAGAAGGCGAAAAAGACGAUGCACUUGCGCACCUUUGGAAUAUGGAACAUGCAGUAAAGAGCCAGACCCUCUGUAUCGAAAGCUACCUCUUCCGUUUCUCCCCUGCUGUUUGGGAAGAAAUUGUCAAAGCGAGGACCAAGAGGUUCCGCUACUUCAAAACUCUCAUUGAAGAUGUUUGGAUUUACUUUGUCGUUCUAAGCUCAAGUGACCUCAGCACUACUCAGGGGAGGAACAAAGGUGAAGCCCAGUUCCUGCUUCUUGCCCGAUUUCUGCACCCUGAAGAAGACGGUAAUGGUCUCGUCGAUCAUUACUUAUUGAUGAUCGAGUCUAAUGCGGCAGGCGUCUUCGAGAGGAGCUGUGUGGUUUUGAUGGAAGUACCGAAGGAAGAUCUAUGGGUCUUGGAGGAAUUGGGACUUGUGCGAACAAAAAUAUUACUCGCAUGA